AUGUUCCAUCUCGAUCUAGAGGAUUUCCCGACUUUCGCAUCUUCCACUGGCUAUAAGUCUGUACGACGCUUCAAGCCCGGUGAUCACGUCCGAUACCUCAUCGUCGACGUUGGCCAAGUAGCUUGGGACCCGGAGAUCGAUGGAUCUAGAUACUCGAAUGAUGACAAAGAUUUCAAGGAGCACCUGUGGGGUGGCAAAACGAUCGAGAUGGACCCUCAGACUUGGCCGAGACUGAAAAUGCUCCUGGACAUGCCGAAGUUGCGAGAGAUUCACAUGUACAUCCCUAAUACAUGGCAGAAGAACGAGAUCCUCCAUUUAGCUCCCACAAUAAUUGCCUUAAUGAAGCGUGGGGUUCUUGUAAGACUGACGAAGGGGUCUGGCGAGUCACCGGACGAGGGUAUGGAGGACGAUAUGGGGAAGCCAGUGGAACCCGAUUUUCAACAUGCUGCUGCCUGUUACAAAGAGCAGAUGAUGGUUGCCUCGGUCUAUCGUGUGUUGAUCUUGGCGCCGGAGAGGUUUGCGGAUUUACUUAAGCGUGAAAGAGACGGGAGGGAGUUUGCAGAUGAUACAUCCGAUGAAGACGAUGAUAUAUUCGAAUGA